AUGUGGUUGCAACCAGAGUUGUGCCCAUCCGUCAACGACUUGCCGCAUUGCACCGAAUCCAUCGCUUCGUCACGCAUCCUCAUCAGUAACACCGUCGAUGGGGUCAAAUACCAAUAUCAAUGGACCCCCAACCCCCCUAUUGUUGUUGCGUUCAACACCACGUACUGGUUCACGCUGGGCUCCUCCAGAGAAUCCAGGGCCAAGGACCCCUCCUGGUUGGACGGCAACAAGAAGUUCUCCUCCGCGGACGACCCCUUAGGGGACGUGAGGGACGCGUUCUUCAGGCCCAAAGAUGGCCGAUGGACCUUGGUUACCCUCCACGAAAACCGCAGCACCCCGUCCCUCCAAGUGCAUGCUACGUAUAGUACUUAG